CACUAUCCAACGGAUGCAUACAUACCAAGACGCCCGAGACAUAAGUACUUCAUUCUGAUUCUACUGAGAAGGUGUUUGUCAGUUUGUAUAAAAGCUAUUCUAAACCACCAAGUUUAAAAGUAACUGUUCGUUUUUAAUCUUAUUGUGGAUUGACAAAGAGCAGAAUCAAAUAUGGCAGCUAAUAUUUGUAUCUUUCUUGUCUGUGCAUUCGCUCUAUUUCAUAUCGGAGACGCCACAAACUCAAAAGGUAAUGGCUGUUUUAUACAGUUUCAAUAUUCCAACAAUGUAUGAAGUAUUUGUCUUUCUGUUUAAGAAUGCGCAAAUCCUAUCUUACUCUAUACCUUAAAAGGGUAGUCAGGUAGUAGAUGAAUCAGUAUAGCACAGAUUGUGUGCUUAGCAAUAUUUAAAGCGAAGGUAGGUAAUUGUAUAUACAUCAGUUUCUGUAUUGUAACAUGCGGCAGCACCUCGCAGUUGACGCUUGAUAUCAAACUUUAGUUAUAAAACAUAUACAUGUGCUUUUACAUUUAUUGUAAAUGCGCGUUUUAUGCUAAUUGUUUUGCGCACCAUUAUAUUGAAUUGAUGAAUGAACAAAUAUGGUAAUGAUGAAAAACCGGAAUAACCCUGGUGCCGAAUAUGUCAACAUUUGGCUGUAGUGCUGUCAUCUAUAUUAAUACUGAAACUCCAUUAUUGCGAAUAAGUGCAUUCUUUAGCAUCUUAUUUAAAUUAACAGCUAUUUUCGCAGCAAUGUCUGAGCGUUUCAUGAGUUAACCUCAGACAAUAUUUACUGUAAAGAGGUCAGUAUUGUUAUUUUGACCAAGUUUGUUUUCUAACCAAACAAACACCAAAGGCGAAGAAAAGUUAAUCCAAUUUUAAUAACUUGUUUUAAGUUUCAACUGACACGUUUAGGCUAAAAAUGUUUGUACUAUAACGUAAUUUUUUAAUUAAAUUAACAAUUUUUUUUAUGCCAUCUUUACUCUUCGUGAAAAUAUUGCCGACUUACUGAUACAAUCUAUUAGAAAUAAUUUGUCUGAAUGCGUGAUUUAGAUCGGAAAUACCUUGAAAAGGAUAAAGGAAACUUCGCGCGUGUGGAAACGACAUUUCGAAUUUCGUCUGAAUUUUGUUUCAGGAUAUACAGUUCCGACCAAACCGACAACAGAUUAAUAUGAUAGACUGAACCUACACGCUUGAGACUGUAAAUCUUCUGCAUCAUUUCAAUCAUAUCAUUUAAUGGCGUUUGUUCCUCGCUUUAAAAAUUUGUAAUAGAGAGUGCCGAUGUAACUCCCAGCUUCCCGGAAUACCUCGGAGGCUCCGAGUCGGAGCAGUUGCAAGAAGCAUUUUUAUGAGCAUACAAUAGCUUUUCGGUUAAAGAAAAUGAAAACGUCUUUGCUUUUGGAACUAAAUUCUUACAAACUACCCCCCUGUAGUCUAUUAAUUUGUGUCUUACCUUGCCAUCAUCUUGCUAUGUUUAAGCCUUUUUGGUUUCCGUAUGGUCGUAUAAUGGUCGCAAAAAUAGUCACAAUCUUUCGUAACAGCCAGUUUAUAUAAUAAUUUAUACCUGUAAACCACAUAUAAAUCAUAGGUAUCCUCUAGUUAUAACCAUGAGUGUUCUCUAGUCAAUACAACAGAACUAUUGUAUAUAGAUUCAAAAAAUUAUAGAUUUGCAUGCGGUUAAUGACGCCUAAUAUAUUUGCAGGUGAAGCCCAAUAUGUCCACUUGCGCAUGAACUGGACUAUUCUUAAUUACUGUUUCAGUGGCAGUGGAACAUUAAAAUGUUUUGGAAUAAUUAUAACUUGAAAAAUUCUUGUGAUUUGUAAAGUUGUUCCUUUUUUUAUUUAAUUCGUCAUUUUUCAUACCGUACAGCUGUAUACUGGCGAAGAGGAAGUAUCGCCCCAAAAAUUAUUUGAAUUAGAUAUUAUGUAUUCUGCAUGCAUAUCUACAGAUGUAAUUGAAAGAACCGUUUUUGUAUAUAUCGAAACCUUUGCGCAAGUAAUUUCUAAAAAAACAAAACAAUAUUAUUUACCGCGAUGGAAACCUACUAGGAACGUCUUAGGUAUGAUGACUGCGGGCUAUGAGACAGUUUAGGUCAAAGGUUAUCGUGCGUAUUUUUUUGGACUCCAACCAAAUAUGAUAAACUUACUUACAGGAGGUUUUCCGAAUUUAACACUAGUUGACGUUGUUGUAGAUUCAUUGUAGACCUUGAACUUGUAGAUUUUUUAAACAUGUCGUAGCUAUUAUGUCAUUUAUAUGUAAUAAAACAAUGUAUGAUAGAAAUUUUAAACGCACCACAAGGCGAGCCACAAGGCACAAAGUAAACAAGAAUCGUCAACAGGUGGUAGUGAUCAGUAAAGACUAAAGUACUAUCAUAAAAAAAAUUAUUAAAUAAUUAAUACAUUUGUUUUAAUAUUUAUGCAUGCAUGCUUCUUGUAUGUUGUAUUGAAAGACUCAAGCACCCAACACUCAACAGUAAAAUGUAAAUUUCUCAAUUGGAUUUUUAUAUUCUGGCCACCCACUCAGAAGAGGAUGUAUAUUAAUGCCUAUGGCUAAGCAGUGUGCAGGAAUGUUUAAAAAAUGUGAGGCUCCUGCCGUCCUGCGUGUAUCUUACUGGGGUUUUUUUCUCGCAAAUAUUUUAAGGCAAAGAUUUUGAUUUGGAUAAAUCUUAUUUUAAUUAAUGAUCCAAGCCCGUAUCAAGUAAAAAAGCAUCCGGAAAAUAUAUUGAACCCCAGCCAAAUUAUUGUGGGAGAAUGGGAUCAAGAUGAAGUGAACAUUUUCAUCCUGUGGGCGACAGGCGUAUAUAUAAGACCCACUAGGGGAGACUGAAUGCCCUAGGAGUGCAUGAUAAUCCCAUGCCAGACGGGUGACAAUCUCCUCCAACAUUAACUGAACCAAAGCUAAUUUUUCGUACGAUUCGACUAAUUCUAUAUACAGCCAAUUAAAAAAAGGUUGUCCUUUGCAAACCUUAAAGAUGAUUUCCACUCCGUUCUCCGCAUCAGUUCUGCUCAUAUUAAACAAAGGGGACCCCCAGAUAUAAACAUUGUCAUUGCCCAAAUUUUGCAUCUUUCGAACUGAAACGUAGAGUUUAUAUUUCACUUACAAGGAUAGCGAACCCGAAAAGUGUUAGAUAUUUAGUUAGUAUAUCAUAUUUUACAAAUAUAGCAAAGCAGCCAAAGCUUAAUGAGAGCGCAAGUUGAAUAUUGCAGCUAUUUGUGAAUGAAUUGUUCUCGUAUAAGGAGAUAUUUACCAUGUGUCUAAGAAAUUGGCCCCAUAUAUGAUUUCUAAACUGAUUAAAUCAUGCUGCCAUUAUGCUUUGCACGCUUAGAGUUUAAGGUUUAAGGUUUAGAGUUUAAGGUUUGCAAAGGACAACCUUUUUGAAUUAGCUGCGUACAAUAAAUAACCUUGUUUGAUCAACAUGACAACAAGCUGAAUCCCAUGUCAAGACCAACCGAACACUGGGCAACAGCAACAACUAAUAUAUAACUAAGUACAAGUGUAGUAACUACACUUAGGCCACUUAUACUAAUGAAAAUUGCACGAGAGUAACCCUCAAAAACAACCACUUGGUUGUAUAAAGGACGACACUUUGAAAAAACGUUUUCCACGUACACAUACCAUUCACGUCAGAGGUCGAUUCAAAUUUUGAAAAAUAGUAAUUAUACGGAUUGUGUUCGAAAAAGGAAAUAGUAUGAGUAAACUCCGUAUUCCAAUCUUUCCAUUGUUUUUUUUUUAAUUUAACAAAGGCUUCCUGGACGAGGUAACACAGUGUUGUCAACAUGGUAUUAUGGAGGUCAUAAAACAAAAGAAUCCAAAUUGUCAAGCGAUUGGCCGAACGGCAGAAAGUGCAGUUCGCGCUGCCUCCGGAUUUAUUUGUCGGACAUCUGCAGAGUUGUGUUGUGUUAAACAGAUGCAAGAAAACUUAUGUAGCAUGGGAAAGUCGGUUGCCAUGUAUGUAUACUUUACCACUUCUUUUUCACUUUUUUGACUACAAAGUAUGGUGGCCGGUGGCGAUGUUUGCCUGGCGCGGGCAAAGAUGGAUGCGGGCUACACGCAGAGCCUAGGCUUCCUGUGGUAUAGCAGGGAUUUGUAGAUGGAAAUUUUGAGUGGAAUUUUUAUACUUUUAUUAAGGGGGGGGGGGGGUAUUUUAGUGACUCCGGUUAGCAAUUGUGUCGUGCUUGCCGAUUUAAAGAAAUACCAGUCCGUGAAUCGUGAUUAAUAUGCGUGCGUAGAUGUGAUGAAGAGCUAACUUUUACCAAUAUUUUACCCUAACUUGUGAAUGUUUACGUUUUGAAAUAUUUUAAAAUUUAAUAUUUAUGGGGAAAAUGAAUAAAAUUUGCUUCCUGCGGUUGUCUUUGAGACUUCUUGGUAUGGUAACGUCGUUAUCGGCCUCACCUUCAUUACCUCUUCAUGCAAAACUUAAAUGAACCACCGUAGACGCUCGUAAUGUUCGUAAGUCUCGCAAUGAUUUCCAUAGGUUAAAUAUUUGCAAAGUCCAGUGAAAUGUGUUUUGUGUUAACAUCGAGGUUCUGCUGUCUAGAAAAUCGUUAAAUGGUUUCAUACUUUGUUACGCUUCUGUGUUUUGAAAAUCAUUAAUGAAAUUUUUGUUUUCGUGACUCAUUAAGUCGAAAAGUGAUCUUCGUGAUUUCGUGACGAGCCCCACCCCCUCUUAUUAGACCUAACCAGGAACAGUUGCUACUAAUGACUAAUGUUACAUUUUUCGUUAGUUGCGUUUUUUGCAGCUGGUUAGGUCUAAUAAAUGUAUAAAACAUUUUUAGUUAUAUAGUUGUAUUUUUCGUAACUGUUCCUGGUUAGGUGACUAUGUGAAAAUGUGAGUGCUAAUUCUCAAAAUUCUACAUCCAACCCAUUUCCUAAUUGUGCAAAUUCUAGGGGGUUUAAGAUGGCUUUACUUAAUAUAGCCAGCUUACCUAAACAUGUUGAGGAAUUACGCAUAUCUAAACUCUUUUCAAAUUUAGAUUUAUUUGCUUUAAAUGAAACCAGACUAGACAAUACCAUUUCGGAUGGCUUAGUAAAUAUCAGUGGUUACGAUAUAGUCAGGAAAGAUCGAUCUCGUCGAGGGGGUGGUGUAUGUAUAUAUCUCCGUACUUCUAUUAACUAUAAAAUUCGAAAUGAUCUGAUUCCUGAGAGUAUCGAAGCGGUCUGUUUGGAGAUUUGCAAACCAAAUAGUAAACGUUUUAUUGUUGCAUCUGUUUAUCACCCACCAGAUUCCACUUCUGAGUUCUUUGUUGAUUUUGAAAAGAUGAUCAAAUCGAUUGAUGACGAAAACAAAGAACUGCAUAUCUUAGGGGAUUUAAAUUGUAAUUUGCUUAAUACUGUUUCUGAUCAACCAACUAAAACCUUGAAAGCUAUAUUAGAAACAUACCAGUUAUCUCAACUUAUUACUGAGGCGACACGAAUAACAAAUAUUUCUUGUACACUUAUAGAUCACUAUAUAACAUCUAUGCCAGAGAAAAUUAAUUCGACUGGCGUAAUUCAUACGGGAAUUAGUGAUCACAGCUUAAUUUAUGGUAUAAGAAAACAGGAAUGUUGAGGUCAGAAACAUGAAAAGGUUUAACCAUGACUCUUUUAGAGAGGAUCUUCUAGCUCAGCCAUGGGAGCAAAUUGUUCUGGAAUCAAAUACUGAUUCCAUGUGGGCCCUUUGGAAAAAGUUAUUUUUGGAAGUCUUGGAUAAGCAUACCCCUGUUCAGCGUAUUAGAAAAAGAAAAUCUGGCGUUCCGUGGCUGACUGGGGAAAUUAAAAAAAUUAUCUUUGAAAGAGAUAAAAUAAAGCGUGAGGCAAUGGUGACUGGUACCCAUGCUGCUUGGGAUAAGUACAAAUCAACUAGGAAUAAGGUCAAUAUUGCCCUACGACAAGCUAAAACAGAUUAUUUUCGCACUAAAAUAUCAAAUCAAAAUAAUAAUCCAAAAGAGGCUUGGAAGACAAUCAAUAAUUUACUCUGUCGUUCUCCAGGUAAUACUGUUGUUAAUGAAUUAAAAUGUAAUGAUACAAAAAUUACCUCACCUGAAGAAAUUGCCAAUGCUUUUAAUACAUAUUUUACUGACAUUGGCCCUAACUUAGCUAGUUCUAUUGAUGAUACUGACAUUACGUUUGAUCGUUUCGUCAAACCAGCUACAUCAAAAAUGACACGCUUUAAGUUAGUUUCACAUACUAAAGUAGUCAAGCUUCUAAAUGGUUUAUCCAAUUCGAAAGCAACUGGUCUUGAUAAAAUAUCUGGAAAGAUCUUAAAAACUGCAGCCCCUACUAUUGCCUUAUCACUCACACGCAUCUUUAAUCAUGCUAUCAUAACAAGCUGUUUUCCAUAUGAAUGGAAAGCUGCUAGACUUCUACCACUUCAUAAAAAGGGUCCACGAGAUCUCCCAGAAAACUAUAGGCCAAUCCCAAUCUUACCUGCAAUAAGUAAAGUUAUAGAAAGAAUUAUGUAUGAUCAGAUCUACGAAUACCUUAACGACAAUUCGAACCUUUCUGAACACCAAUUUGGUUUCCGCAAAUCUCAUUCAACUGCUUCGGCUCUUUUGGAUUGCACGAACAGUUGGUACGUUAAUAUGGACCGCAAAAUGUUUAAUCUGGUUGUAUUAUUGGAUUUAAAAAAGGCCUUUGAUACUGUAAACCAUGAUAUUUUGGUGCGAAAACUUGAGCUAUACGGUAUCAAUGACAGUGCCUUAACCAUGAUACAAUCAUACUUGUCUGAUCGCAAACAGAAAUGCCAACUGGGAGACGUAAUGUCAUCUGAGCGGCUUGUGACAUGCGGUAUUCCACAGGGAUCCAUCCUUGGUCCACUUCUCUUCCUCUUAUAUAUAAAUGAUCUUCCAGAAUGUCUUCAUGAAGCUGCCCCUCGGCUAUUUGCCGAUGACACCAAUCUUACGGUAGCUGGUGAGUCAAUAGAGGAAGUUGAGUUGGCCAUGAAUAAUGAUCUCCUUAGUGUACAUACCUGGCUUUUAGCCAACAAACUGAGUCUCAAUACUUCAAAAACCGAAUUUAUACUUAUUGGUUCAAAUCAUAGAUUAACGAACCUUACUAAUCAACCAAAUAUAAAAAUAGAUCAAGACAAAAUUAAGCAAGUUCAUCAUAGUAGAUUACUUGGGGUUCAAAUUGAUGAAAAAUUGUCUUGGAACAAGCAUGUUGAAAGCGUGGCCAAGAAGGUUACUUCCGGUGUAGGAGCUUUAAGAAGAAUACGUGACUUUGUCGAUAGGGAAACCUUGAUCUCUAUCUACAAUGCUUUAGUUCGCCCUCAUUUCGAUUAUUGCAGUGUGGUAUGGGAUACCUUGGGCAUUGGCCUUUCAACUCGACUUCAAAAACUGCAGAAUAGAGCGGCGAGAAUAGUAAUGAGUAUGACAAAUGAUACCCCUGGAUUAGAAGCAAUAGCUGUUAUCGUAAUUGAAUACGUCUAUGCUACGGACCAGCGGUAUCUGCAUUAUUUUAACAUCGAGACGAGGCUAUAGGGUCAUAUUUUGUGUUUUUUGACCCUUUAGCCUCGUUUUCGUGCGUACUUCCAUUGAGAUACCGCUGGUUCGCCGCAGCGGCGUAUUCAAUUACGAUAACAGCUAUUACUGCCUUAGGGUGGGAAACUCUUUAGUCUCAACGAGCUAAGUCUAAAGCAGUACAAAUGUACAAAGUUUUAAAUGAUUUGUCCCCAAAUGCACUUGUUAAUCUUUUUAUGCGUAAAAGUGAUGUCACAGAUUACGAGCUUAGGGGUUCCUCUACAUCACUGCAAAUCCCUUUUCCCAGGCCUGAAAAUGUUAAGAAAAGUUUUUCUUACGAUGGGGCGAAAUUGUGGAAUUCCUAACCUGAAGAUUUGCGUGAUUCGGCUACCUUGCCAAUAUUUAAAAGUCGAAUUAGUGCUCACAAUUUCUCAUAAUAUAAUGUAAAUAUAAUUAUUAUGGUAUAAUAUUAAUAAGGUUGACUAUUGUAAAUAUGUUCAUUUUUAAUGUUUGUUACUAUUUAAUGUAAUUGACACGCCCCUCGUGGAAAUCAGCGAAAGUUGACGAGGCUAGCGUGUUAUUUUUAAAUAAAGUUUAUCAUCAGGUGUGGUCUAAUAAAUGUAUAAAAAUUUCACUCGCAAUUUCCAUCAACAAAUCCCUUCAACAAUUAGUUUUAUCAAGUGAGAUGUCCAAAAUCCUGACAUUUCGUUUUUAACACUGUUUAUAACACUGGUGGAAGGGGAAUAUUUUCGCUUAAAUAUUUAAUAUUCCUACAUCUAUAAUUAGGGGAGGGGGAGUGGGGGGCACAUAUUCCAAUUUAAUUUCAAAUAAUUACUUCCUACUCCAAAUAUUCAUAUUCAUACCCUCAAGAUUCAUAUUUCUAUUAUCAAUAUUCAUAUUCACACAACUUUAAAAUCCAGUAUUUAAUAUUCAUCUUCCAGCCGCGAUUUUAUAUAAUUUCACCAAACACCACAGGUUUUCUUCGGUUACCUGGUUGCACUGGACGAAUAAGAGAUAGCUCUUCCUCAUGGACCGUUCGGAUAUUCUUUAGAACUAAUAGUCUAUCUAGUAUGAACAAAUCUAGUUUAGGUAUGAAAGAGGUCAGUUUAGUAUGCUAAAAGUUUACUGUGGAAUUCAUUAUUUUCUAGUAAUGGCGGCACAUGUAGUGCUCAAACAUCACUUUACUAUGGUAGAGAAGACCAUCAAGAAUGUUGUUAUUGUUGUUAUCUGGGAAUGGAGGCCAAACGAAGAAAAAUGGGAUGUGGGACAAAAGCCGUUCUUGGUUUCCCUUGUCAAAAGUCAUUUACAAAUUGUUGUUUGUUAGAUGGUAUGUUCAAUGGCUAUACAGUAUCAUUGCAAGAAUGUACUGAAAUAUAUAUCAAUAUUAUAAUAUAUAAGCUGUAUAAUACAUAAUAUAUACGCCAAGUACACGGCUACACAAAUGCUAUACAUGAUUAAGUUCUACAGUCCUUCAUUUAUUUUGUUUUGUUUAGAUCCACAUCCCUCCGGUACUCCUAAUAUUUUUGGACAGGCGGUCCAAGUACCAACACCAUCAAUAAUACCAACAAGACCAACAAGAACAACAAGAACAUGUUCUAAUUUACGAUGCUCACAAAGUUGUGUUCUACUUAGCGGUGUUCCCACAUGUGUUUGUAGGAGCGGGUUUCAAAUCAAUAGGAAUGGACGUACAUGCGAUGGUAAGUUCAUUUCGGGAGGACGCAAGUUUUAACUUCUGAGGCAUGGAAAAGAGGAAGUUACACAACACACACAAAGUCAAUUUUUUUUAAAUUUUGAGAGUUAAAUACACAUGUUUAGCUGUGAAUAUCAAACUAACCGCAUCAAUCGUUUUUUCACAAGUCGCUGUGUAGUUCACAUUGAAUUUUCCGUAUUUCUUCAUCCAAUUACUCUUUCCCUCUUUUCCAUGCCUCAGGAGUUAAAGUUUUGAUGACUGCAUAUACAUGCAUACAUUCUUGUUUUCUUGUCCAUUUCCUUUAGUUCCCCAUUAUUCCAGUCGUUUAUUCCUGAUCCAUACCUGAGAAACGUUACCCCCAGCUGGGUUUUUUUUAAUUUACGACAUUUAUGACAGACUGAAUCAACAGCAAACUAGGAAUAGGACAACAAGCAAUAGCACACGGGUCCCUUACAAAAGGACACGGCGUCCUGUGCUAAUGCUUGUCAGUUGAAUGUCUCCAAAUUACAACAGAAAUAUAAAGUAGCCUACAAACAAAGUACGAAUAAUUGUACAUAAUUGUUAUUGUAAUUGUUAAAAGCAGUAGCUACAAGCUGAAUCCACAUUAGGGCUUCUGCAAAUGGAGAACAAAUAAUGCGCCAUGCAUGAACAUGUAUUUUCCGUAUCAAAGGUGGAUUGAAGGCGAGGUGUUAUGAUUGCCAGAAUAGUGUUUUUAUAUUUGACCUUGAAUUUAAUAUUUUAACCCACUCCCUGUAGUAUUCCUGAAAACUGCAGAUGGAUAGGGAUCCAACUACCUGAAAAAUACGACUAAAAUUUCGACGUUUCGAGCGAAGGCUCUUCGUUAUGUAGCAUGCAUCGGGAAAAUUCAUGCAUGCAUCAGUGGCGUAACGGGAGGGUGUCAGGGUGUCCAGUGACGGGGGGCCCCCGAACUUUAGGGGCCCCCGACAAAAAUGACCUUAAAAAAUUUGAUAGCACAUUUCUGGGGAAUUGAAUUAAUUGAAUUGAAUUGAAUAAGAAAACCCAUUCUCUGGAAAAGGCAAAAUCCGUCGAGAAAUUUCCCGAAGCUGCGACUGAUUAAGUACGUCGCGGCUGAGGUAAAGGACGAGAUACUAGAAUGAAUUAAUUGCAAUUUCAUUGGGUAUGUCCGAAAAAAAAUUUUGGACCCCUAAAAUGGUACAAUGUCCGAAAAUUUUUUGGCGACGGGGGGGGGGGUCGCCAAAAAUAAAUUGUUCCGAGAAAAAUUUUUGGAGCCUAUUUUUAGUGGAGCAAAGGGGCCCAAAGUGGCCGAUUGACGGAGGGCCCCCAGCGGUUGCGUUACGCCACUGGCAUGCAUGUGCUUAUCUAUUUACUACACACGAAAAACGCACAAGUUGUAGCAUAGUGGUUGUAUAACAAACCUGCAGCAAUCUUGUUCCAACAACUUGUCAAACUUGUCGCACUGCUUGUUCCCAGCUUGUUGAAAAGUUGUUGCUACAAGGUUGUUGAGCUCAACAGACUUAUUACAAGUUGUUCCAACACUGACUUGUUAUCGUCCUGCAAUUCAACAAUUUGUCAACAAGUUGUGAGUGACAACCUUGUAGCAGCUUGAUGAAAUAACAGCAUUGUUACAACUUGUUGACAAGCUUGCUACAAGCCUGUUGCGAACACAUCUUGUUGACAAGUUGUGAGAUUUUUACGUGUGUAUAGUGAAUAUAAAAGCGAUCACCUGACAAAAAUGAACUAGCCAGGUGAUCGCUUUUAUGGUCGCUACGGUAUAAAAGCACAUGUAUUUUCCCGAUCCAUGCUACUAACUUCCUGACGGAGGUCCUUCGCUUGAAACGUCGACGUUUUGCUUGUAUUUUUCAGGUAAUUGAACCCCUAUCCAUCUGCAGUUUUCUGGUGUUUUUGUCACUACCUAGUAUUAUUUCAUAUAAAGUCGAACGGGCUGUGCUAGCGUAGGUAGUGCAGUAGUAUUCCUGCCUGAAUUUAUUUCUUCAUCACCUUCUUCCACCAUCUGGUUUAACUCCGUUAUGUCAAAAUGCUGAUAUCUCUCUUCUGUAAUUCUUUUGACAAUCUCGCCAUUCGGGAGUUCGUUCACAAUUAGCUAUUUUGUCACUCACUUAGGAUAUACCACAUUUUGUGAUUCGGCAGAACUCCACCAACGUCAUGCACUCGCGAAAAUAUGAACUGUAUAAGAACCCGCGAAUAAAUAUAAUCUCUAUACUCUUUCCAUGUAAUCUACCAUAUAUUGGGACUCCCAACCCACAUGUACCCAAUUCGCGGAUUCCUUAUAAUGGUAGAUUAUAUGGAAAGAGUAUAGAGAUUAUAUUUAUUCGCGGGUUCUUAUACAGUUCAUAUUUUCGCGAGUGCAUGACGUUGGUGGAGAAGCGACUUCGUGCAGCUCUGUCAAGGUGCUCGGUUAUACUGCAAGGAUACCGCGCCGUGCAAGCAGAUGUUGCACAGUUUCGUCAUGUUUCGCCUAACAUUUUCAUCCAAACCUUCUUUCAGACGUGCACGAGUUCCAGUGUUAGUGUAAAAUCCAAACAUAUCUGUAAACAUCAGUUUCAUCAUCAGUUUUUAAAUAAUAUAAAGAAACAUUUAAUAUAAUACAUGGGUAGCUUCAUAUUUCCAUUCUUACAUUUAGACGUGAAUGAAUGCGCUAGCAGUGGAGCAUGCGACCAAAAUAAAAUAUGCAAGAAUACUUAUGGUUCGCAUGAGUGCACCGAAGAAAGCACCACUGCCACCAGGACAUUGACAUGUGGUGGGGGACUGGAAGUCGAUUCUUCAGGAAAACAAUGUCGAGGUAUAUAUGUUAGGUCAACGAGGAUGAGAUUUAGCAGUAACGCAUUGUUAUACGGGGGACAUUUUAACAAAAUAAACAAUUGAUCAGUGUUCCAAUUACUGCAUGAACUAUAUUUUGGGAAAGCAUUACUGUAAGAACAGCUAACCAACUCUCGUACACUCUCAUACUCGUUUGAUCUGGGCUUUAGUGAUGUAUAUAGUAGUGGUAUGAACUAUUAAGUCACAAAAAAAUUGCGGUUGCCAUAGGUCCCAUAGGCAUAGAGUAUUUUAAUAAAACACAAAACAAUAAACACCCCCGAAAAUUGUAAAACUUUUCAUUCUUUAUACGUUUGACGUUUGGACUAUAAUUUAAGUCAUCUUCAGAAGAAUGCCCUAUAUAUGGGCAAUUAUAGUCGAAACGUAAAGAAUGAAAAUGUUUACAAAUUCCAGAGUCUAUUGUUUUGCAUUUUACCAACCUCGUAUUUUACUAUAAGUCAUGUUCAGUUGUUCUAUGCACAUGUUAUAUGUUAUACAUUACAUGCACUACUAUUUAAACCACGAGCAUGCAGGAGUGUUUUAUAUAAAACAGUGUGUUAUGUACUGUUUAAUAAACGAGCAGGAGUGUUUUAUGAGGUUUAAAGACACGAGCGCGCAGCGCGAGUGGCUUUAGACCAGGGCGUAGUAAAACACCCUGUUUAAAGCAGGGUGUUUUACUACGCCCUGCUUUAGACCUAAUAAAACACGACCUGCGAGUUUAUUAAACGGCUUCAAACACGACUACAAAUUCAAUAGAUAUACCGUCAUAUUAGUAUUCUUUAUAUAAAAAAAUACUAAUGAGGACACGACUACAAUAGAUACUGCCUUAUUAGUAUUCUUUAUAUAAAGAAUACUGAUUAGGAGUGUUUUAUCAGGUUUAAAGCCACUGCACGUGACAUAUUAUGGUUGACAUGAUUUGCCAAUAAGCUUAUGAAUUAUUAAUGAGUGUUUGAAAGAUCUGAUAAAGCACGUACGUACUGCGAAUGUUUUAAAGAGUGUUUUAAAUAGUUUAAAUUUUGUGAGUUCAAUGUACUAUAGCGGACGAAUCGAAAUUUUAAAAAUCAACCUUGUCUAUGCCGGCAAUAUCAAAGCUAAAGUUUAUACGUAAAUUAAUAUUUUUUCAUCCACCGACACGGUCGUGAUUCGCUUUAUACCUUUCUUCAUUAAUUAGCCAUUCCGAAGUUGAUGAGUGGACUGGGGACGAGUGUUAAAAAAUGCCCAAAUUAAGAAAUUAACCAAAUCACUAAAAAGACCACCUCAAAAUUAGUAAGCAUACAAAGUUUGAAGACGUUUACAUGAAUACCCAUCGAAUAAUAAACUUUCGAAAAUUGUAAAAUUACUGAUUAAAAGAUUGUUUUUGGGACGGGCGUCCCAAAAACAAAAAUUACAAUACAUUCAUAUAAAUAUCGCGAUUUUCAAAAGCUUAGUAUUCGAAGGGUAUUCGUGUAAACGUCUUCAAACUUUGUAUACUUACUAAUUUUGAGGUGAUCUUUUUAGUGAUUUGGUUCAUUUCUUUAUUUGAGCACUUUUUAACACUCGUCCCAGUCCUCUCAUCAACUUCGGAAUGGCUAAUGAUCAAUGAGUUUUUUAAAUACAGUUUGUUAUAUACAGUGUUUUAUUAUAUUUCCACAGAUAUAAACGAGUGUCUGCAAUCUCCUUGUCAAGCCGGGGAAGAAUGUAUAAAUUCAAGAGGAAGUUAUCGAUGCAACCCGAGAUGUCCAAGCACAUACGUAUUCAGAAAUGGGAGAUGUCAAAGUGAGUAUUGCUUUAAAUUAUUUAUUAUUCUUUGUUAAGGGAAUAUAUCAAUACGAAAUUUAGCGAUCUUAAAUUGAACCUGUCAAAGUAACAUAAAAUCUGGGUUUUUUCCAGGGGCAUGUAGGUUAGGAAGUCAGUGGAACGGAAAUAGAUGUGUGGGUAAGUGAAGUUCAUACUUCCUCAGUAUAUAUAUAUAUAUAUAUAUAUAUAUAUAUAUAUAUAUAUAUAUAUAUAUAUAUAUAUAUAUAUAUAUAUAUAUAUAUAUAUAUACAUAUAUAUAUAUAGCUUAAGUUUACGAAACACAAACAGUGCUCAUUACCAUAUAGAUAGAGCGUAAUAUAGUUUUUCGUUUUACCUAAAAAACCACAAACGAAAAAUACCUUUAUAUACAUUGUAUAGAUGAGAACGAAUGCCGAAGACCUGGCAUUUGCCAAUCAAAUCAACGAUGUGUGAAUACAAUCGGAUCAUACAGAUGUGUUUCUGCACCAGUCAGGAGGUGUAAUCGUGGUUUUGAAAGAGUUGGGCAAAACUGCGUAGGUAAAUAAAAAUCCUGAAGCUUUCAACUUUAGGUUGCAGGUUGUUAAAGGUUAAAUUAUGUUCACAGAAUAAGCAAUUUACUGUUCUCGAACAAGUUUAGAACAUUAUUCUGGCACUGAGACCUUAUUAAUAAUUCGUAAUCGAGGCCUCGUAUCCUGGGAUACGGGAAAAAACCCGGAAAUGUUUUCUUGUGAUUUUUGACCUCUUGUUUUCUUUCAUAUUAAUGUCAAAUUUCCCAAAAUGAUACUUUCAUUCCAUAGGUGUCUUGAUUUUUCACGGAAUAUAAACCUACAUAUUGACGUUAAAAUCUCAGUAAAAUACUGUUUUUCGCUUCCGGAUAUUAAACACCAUGAUCGCUAUGUUGUCAUAUUUGCCAUAAAAAAGGGAGAAAAACCGAUCAUUUUUAUAAUAUACUCGUUUACAGCUUUCGUUGUGGGCACAAAGUCUUAAAAUACACACAAAAAUCGUUAUAAAUCGAAAUAAGCAACAAGAAAGCAUCUGAAUUUGGCUUGCUAAGCUGUUUUUGCUUGAUCUCCCGCGUUUAUUCCCGUAUCCUAGGGCUAGGAUACCUGGCCUCAAUCACAAUUUAUACAUGAAUACGGUCUCAUACCAGGGCCGUAGGAAACUCUUUUUUAUUCGGGGGGGGGAUUAAAUCGAGGGCCGAAGGCCCGAGGAAAUUUUUAAUUUUAGAGUCUCUGAUGGUCAGAAAACAGCGUUUUAGUAUGUCGAAAUUACAAUUUGGUAGUAUUAAAUGGGCGAAGGCGUAUUUAAUUAACUAUAUGUUGGAAAAGUUGCAGAAAAGUGUGGGUAAUAUCUUCAUUCUUUGCAGUUUGUCAUGGAUAAUGUAGCCGCUUAAAACUAAUAAAGCUUAAAAUUGAGAAAGGUCUGCAUGAUUUUGAAAAAAGAAUGAUUAUUAUUGCUACGGCCUUGCAUACCUGAGCAAAAAUCAUCACACUGUAUCCCAGCCUAGACCUAGGCCUUCUAUUUUUCUUUAUAUUUUUUUAAUAUUCAGCGCUUUUUUACAUGAAAAGACUGGGCUCCGCCCCGCCCCCAAAUCACCUAGUCCCAGUCUUUUCAUGUGAAAAAGCGCUGAAUAUUAAAAAAUAUAAAUAAAAAUAGAAGGCCUAGGUCUAGGCUGACUGUAUCCGAGGAAUUUUGAACAGUAAAUAGAGCAGAGCAGCCUGUAAGACGGCAUGAAAUCAUAAAUAACUGGAAAAUACAUGCAUGCAGCAACCCCUCGCCUUUCUUAACAGAUGAAGUAUAAAAACUGCACAUAAAGUAUUAAGACCAUUAUAAACAAACAUAAAAACACAACUAAUGCGCUAGCUUUAUAAUGAACGAUAACAUUCACUGCAAUUUCAUGCAUACCAGCUUGCAUUAAAGUGAAUUAUCGAGUUAAGAAUGGCUUAAAAAUUUCGCAGAUAUGGAUUAAACCGAUUAAUUUCUUAAUAAGUCAAUAUUUAAUAUAUGCACCCUAGCUGUCAAUAUUUUACGCAUCUUUGCGUUCAGCUUAGUGCUAGGGUAUUCAAAUUUUACAUUCGUGCCAAUAGAAGCGUUCCGAAAAAUGUUGACCAAUUCAUAACCUAACUUGAAGGAACACCUCUGAACAAUUCCUCAACAAUUUGAUAAGUUCCUUAAAAAGUUCCUAACUUCCUGUUUCAUUGACCAAUCAGAUUGCUCAAAAAUAAAAUAUAAAAUUUGAUUGGUCAAUGAAACAGGAAGUUAGGAACUUUUUAAGGAACUUAUCAAAUUGUUGAGGAAUUGUUCAGAGGCGUUCCUUCAAGUUAGGAAAUGAAUUGGUUAACAUUUUUCGGAACUCUUCUAUUGGCACGACUGUAACAAUACGUUAUUUCAAUGGUUUUGCGUUUUUUUCGGACACCCUGUAUAGUUUCGCCCAUAGGCAAAUGCAUGCUCUCCCAAAUCCCAAUUAGCCUUUCUCGGCAGAUUUUCCCGCCAUUUUGGGGGUACUGCAUGGCUUUCCCACGUUUGAGAGUCUCCGCACCACGAAAUACUUUUUAGUGUUGUAGUUGUUUGUAUAAUGGUUAAUUUACACUGAGUUACAACUUUUAAAAGUCGCUUUUCACGUUGUUUGAAUUGUCUGGAAUCUUUCACGAGGGCAGACAGUACCUCAAAAAUGGAGGAUUUUGGCCUUCGAGAGAAAGGCUAUAACUCAUCUGCGAUCAUACACCAAAACAAUAUCGUAUAACGACAUUAUAAAUAUUAUAAAUGUUUUAUUUUGAGAACAAAAGUCAAAACAACUUUCCGUAAGCGUUAAAUGAGAGAUAUUUUGCUUUCAGAACGCUCUUAAAUUGCAGAAAAACUCGCUUGCAAUGCCCGUCAACUAAAUAGCUCAUUGGAUCGUAUUCGAUUCUAGCUUUUAUAUUUCAGUAUUUUGCGUAAAUAGAUUGUAAAUAUAAAAACUGGUAUAUGCAUGAGGAACCAACCUUUAUACUGAUCCAAAGAUGUGUACAGUUGAACUCCACUCAGACAUUUUCCUUCUUCUCUAUAUGUAGUGUUCGCGGAAUUAUAGAGAACUUUUUUUAUUAUAUACUCUGAGAAUGAUUGUGUACUUGAAUGUUUUCCUCGUGCAGAUAUAGAUGAGUGCGAGCGGUACAAGUCAAGGCGUCCUUGUCGAUCUAGAACAUGCGUCAAUAUACCUGGUAGUUAUCGAUGUGUAGCACAAUGUAGACAAGGCUUUGAGAUGGUCAAUUCAGUAUGCAAAGGCAAGUCAUUUUUUAUAUAUCAACAUUCCAGCCUUUUGCCUCGUUCAGAUCAUUCUAAUUCUUUACGAAUUUUGUCUCAUCUUCGAUUAAUACUUAUGUGUGAACACUUUUAAUUAAUAUGCAUUGAAAUCAGUUUUUGUUACAAGUUGCAGCAAUUUCGUAUUAUAGUUACUCCGCCUUACAGUAAGAAAGUACGAGCAACGAAAUUACAGCUACAAUUGACUGCGAAAGCUGAUUUCAACGCAUGUUCAUUUAGUCAUUUACAACCUUAAGUUUAUAUAUAUAUAUAUAUAUAUAUAGUUACCAAAUAUGCGAUGUAUUUCGACUCACACUACAAACACCUGUUUAUUCAGAUGUGAAUGAAUGUAAUCAGUCACCAUGUUCAAGCAAUGAACAAUGUCAAAAUAUUCAAGGAAGUUAUAGAUGCAGAUGUCGACGAGGUUAUAAACGUGUUGGUUCAACAUGUCAAGGUAAUGACCGAAAGCAAAAUGUUUGUGUACGAUUUCUGGUAUGUUCCGACAUCGAAUUGCAUCUGCAUGCAAAGCUGACAUACCAUGUUUAUUGUAUUGUCACUGAAAUUGAUAAAGACUAUAAUCAUGCUUAUUUAAAUAACAUGCAUAAAAGACUACGUGCGCGUUGGUCAUGCAGUGCAAUAGACAUUUUUCAUAAUGACGUAAAACGCGGAUAAACCAUAGGACAAUUUUUAGCAACAAUUCACAAAUCGCACUCCACUCCUUCUCUUAAUGUCGUCUACUUUCCACGUGCAGUUUACCACUCAAAAAUGGAGGCAAUAAGGGCUGAUGGCAUGGCGUGAGAAAGGAUAUAGUUUAUCAGAGUUUCUCUUUCUCUGUUUUCUGAACUUUUCACAAUCUUUGCAAAAUAUUGUUGGAUCACUACAAAUUUUCUACAUUAUCUUUACCCUGUUCUUUCUUUUCAAUGUUGUUAUUGAGUAUGAAGCAAGACAAGGGAAAAAUAUAGUCAUGCACUGGAAACAAAUAGUAUCUUCUUAAUGUAACUUUAAACUUGCUCCUCAUUUGAUAAAGUGCAUGUAAUCCCGAUGUAAUUUAUCAAGGAUUAGUUGUACAGUGUAGCUUUUUAACCCACCACAUAUACAUGCAUGUAUAACUGAUAUGAAUAUACUUGUACCGAGUGAUUGUAUUUUUAUUUAGAUGAUAAUGAGUGUCUGAGACAGAGGUCACCUUGCCCAAGAGACGAAGUAUGUGAAAAUAUUCCAGCCAGUUAUCGCUGUAAAUGCCGAAAUGGAUUUGAACGUUCUGGAUCAAGAUGUUAUGGUAACCCCCAUUUAGUAUACUACCGUACUAACCGACAUGCAGGAAGAUAAGUUCCUUGCAUGUUCGCAUACAGUCUGUAAACACGACUGUCAUCGGGGAAAGAAACAUGGGGGGAGGGAGAAGGCAGUGUGUUAAACGUUAUUAGUAAACUUUGUGUUCAAAAUUUACAAAAUUAAUUUUACCCUCACUCCGAUUUGAAGAAAUCUGUGGUAACAAUACACACCACCAUGAAGACGCCCCAGACAAAGUUGAUCAAUAUAUUGUAGUUUUGAAUAAGAAUUAUCUUAAUGCACAUCGCUUUCGACAAGGCAUGCAACUAGGUUGACUAACAAAACAAAACGAAACGAAACGAAACACGUAUCACUCAAAAAUCCUGAAAAUCCCUCAAUAUAUCCCUAAAAAUCAAAAACCCUUUGGCUUUACAAUCCAAAAAAAAUGCCAGAAUUUCUCUAAAUUUUUCCGGAUUUCUCCAAAAACAUGUUUCAGUGAAUUUAGUUUAUCACUAGUUCACUACCUCCUCAAUAAACCUGUUUAUUUUCCCCACAACAGAUAUAAAUGAGUGCAAUAAAAAUUUGUGUGGAGCGGAUGAAACCUGUAUUAACAGGCCUGGAACAUAUCGCUGUGAAAAGAAAGCUUCGUGUGACCCUGGAUAUCGCCUUUAUAGGGGAACUUGUGUUGGUAAGCAAAAUUAAUUGUUUUUCAUGUUUUAAUGUGGUGGUUCUAGUUUAUAGCCUUACUGAAUAGCAGACGGUCUGCCGUGAAGUAAAACACCCAAGGGGUGGGCACACUGAUCCUGGUUGCAUGGUGUUUUCAAUUGGCAUUGCGCGUGCGUGCGUAUACAUUCGUGUUUAAAGGCAAUAUCAAGUUCUAUGGCUUUCGUAUCAAGUUCUAUGACUUUGGUAUUUUAUACCAAUUACAGAAAAUAUUUGUAAAUUGAAUUUGCAUUUGGGAUAUAUUAAGAUGAAAUUUUUGUGGGAAAGAAGGGAACACGGACCCUCCCCCCACACCCUCACAAUAGGACAUAGCAUCAUUUUGGUAUUGAUGACUUUGUCUUUAAUUAAUAUUUAUAACAGAUGUGAAUGAGUGUUUAGAAAACAAACGAAAAUGUUCGGCAGAUAAAGAAUGUAUAAAUAUGCGAGGAAGUUACCGAUGUAGAGUCAAAUGUUCUUCGGGAUAUGAAAGAGUUCAAUUACGCGAUGAUUGCAAAGGUAACAAUUAAUUUGUAUAGGAAAUACAGUAGUAUGGGUUUGAGUGCAAUGCGGGGAAAAAACAUGUACGAGUGAUUUUUAAAAGACAGUAUGAUGUUGAAAACUACUGAAAAAAGCAUGUAAAAUUCGUAAGUCAGACAUUCCGAGAAAAAAUCCUCCGUACUGACAAUCAGCCUGCGAACAGAGGUUUCCGAUAGAUAUGCUAACUGACAAUUUAACUUCUUGGCAAAGGCUAUACUACUUCGUCGAAAUGCAAGAAUUUCUUCGUAUACAUCACAACAAUGCUGUGUGUAUAAUGCAAUUUUAUUAUUGGUAUAUUUAAGGAGAAAGGAAUUUGACAUUUUUCAAAAUGACAUUUCGUAAAAUUAGUCAAAUGUCAUGCAUGUGUGCAAUUGUGAGUUUCAUUGCACGCAGAAAUUCUUAAACCAUCGUAUAAGAUUCUCAUAGGAAUGGGCCAAUAACUAUGAAUGAAUGAAAACAAUGAAAUAUUGGUAUGUUAUGUGGUUGGUAUAUAGUAAUCUCAGUAAGUCGUAAACUUUCUUCUCGUGAAUCAAGACAUCAAUGAAUGCGAAAGAAACAACGCGUGCAGAUCAGAUGAAGAAUGUCAAAAUCUUCCUGGAAAAUACCUUUGUGCUAAAGUGAGGAGGUGUCGAUCUGGAUACGAGAGGUUCAAUGGCAAUUGUCAAGGUAAACUGUUCAUCACUAAAAACAUGUAAUUAUUUUUGAAAUUGCACUACAUUGAAAAUUCCGAGCGCAAAUUAACAAAAGAAGAGUAGAGCCUGGAAGCGAAACUAUCAAAAUUAAUUGUCAACUGUACACUUUCAAUUAACAAUUCACGUGACCAGAUUAAAUUGAAUACAAGGAUGUGAAUCCCUAUGUGCCACCACGUGGUGCCUCAAUAGACCUUUCCGGUAAUUACGUCACAGCUACAUUGUUUAUGUGAGACUAAGCGUUUACACGAAAACGAGGCUAAGGGGCCAUUUCUCCUUUGGGCCCCUCAGCCUCGUUUUGGUGUUAAAGCUUAUUCCCGUAUUUAUUGGUCAAAAUAAUAAAUUUUUUAUCAUGCAUGCGUUAAAGAAGGAUGUUCUGCUUCUUUGCGCAUGGUCAGUGAGAAAAAACUUGAAAUCUGAUUCCAUUUAAGCGUGAUUUAAGGUGGUCCUAAGUUGAAAACAAUGUAGUUGUGACGUAAUUACCGGAAAGGUCUAUUCCAUUAAUGAGGUUAAAUUUCCUUGUUUAAUAGAUGCAACAAGAAAAACAAGCAAGUUUUAAAACUACAUUUGUUCUUCAGUUGGCUUAACACGCAUGUACAAUUUAGGCACAUUAAUCAAGAUAUAAUGCAAUUAAAGAGUGCUUAAUUAAUUUUGUACUCAUUCUAGACAAAGAUGAAUGUACAAUCCCCAACAUAUGUCGUCCACCCAGAACUAUAUGUGAAAAUACACCUGGUAGUUACAGAUGUGUAUACAAACCUUGUCCAUACGGUUUCGAGAGAGCAAGGAAUGGACAAUGCCAAGGUACGUUGAGAAGGGAGCUAAAAAUGUCUAGAUGUGCACACCCUUAUUACACCCUUCGAAAAUGUUAAGGACAGUUUCGUUUUUUUCGAAAAUGUUAAAGACAGUUUCGUAUAUAUAUAUUUACUAUUCAACCCUGACGACAUGACGACAAAUACUAUUUUGAAACCAAGUUUAACCUUUAAUAUGUGCAUGAUUUAACCAUGGAUAAUAAAAUAAAUUUACAAUUUUAUUUUACAAUCCAUGAUUUAACCAAACGCCUAUUGCAAAAUAAACGUUCAGUUGGUGCUUCUGUAAUGAGGUAAAUUACAGAUGCAUCCUUUGGCCUUUUGGACAUAAUCAGGCAUCGUAUGACUUCCAAAGAGCACCUUCCGUUCGUUUGGCAAAAAACUAAGAAGGCUAAUGAAGGAUUAGCCUGCAUUUAUUUAUUUCUUCUUUUCACAAGAUGUUAAUGAAUGUACAACAGGAAGGCAUAUAUGCAAACCUCUAGCUGAGCAGUGUAUUAAUGUCAAUGGAACAUACUCGUGUCGCUGUAAUAAUGGUUAUUUUAGAACCGGUGGAGAUAAACACUGUCGAGGUACGAUUAAUUUACAGACUAUUCUGGUAUAUGCAUUUAAUUUCCUUCAAACGAUUGUCUCAAACGUUUCUACCCCGGGAAGGGCGAAAUUCCUUGGAAGUUCCGCCCCUUCUCUUCAUGGACGGGGGGAGAGGAUUUUCCGAGGGGAGUCAAUUUCCUGUGACAUUGGACUUAAUUUCAUCCAUUCACGUAGACUAGCUUGUGGGCCUGCUUGUGGGCCUAAUACCAGUCGAUCCAGAUACAACUCAUUCUCGUCCCCAGAGCCAUUGGCACUCGUUGAAAAUUAGGCUCUGGAUUUGAUUCUUUUCCCUAAGCAAAAUUAUUCUAUCAAAAUAUGUCAACACAAAUACUUAGUUUCUUCGUAAUACUUCUCUGUUAAAAUUGUCACGGGUGCUAAAGCGUCCCAAAUCCCAAUUCAAGGCCCUGGGAACAAGACAACCCACAUGACCAGAUAUAUUAACGUAUUUAUUCUCGUUGACCGUUCAGAUAAAGACGAAUGCCGGGGACCGGAUCAAUAUUGUGCACAUAAAUGUGUGAAUACCGAGGGUUCAUUCAGAUGUGAAUGCAGGAAAGGAUAUGCUCUCGCAGAUACAACAAAUUGUUACGGUCAGUAUGACAGAAACAUUACUUGACCUUCAUAGGCGUACGGUGCUGAUGCUUUCCGUGGGGGAGGGGGAGAGUUGAAAGUUUGCCCGAAUUGUUAUGAAGAAUUGUAAUUAAAUAACCUGAAUUUAGCAUAUUUUCUGACAUAUCUGCCCGAAUCCCCCCCCAUUAUUUUCCGAUUAUUUUAAAUAUCACUUUGUCUCACACAUUCUUGUUUCCGAGCAAGAGCAAAAAUCCAUUUCAAAAGGGGGGAGGAGGUUAGGGCCGGCCAAAAGAGGCAAUUUAUUAUAGAUUACAUUGCGAAUGUCAGGAAAGUGAGGGGGAUGCGUCCCCCUGCUCCAAAGAUUUACGUCCUUGUUUCCGAGUGUAUCCGCAUAUAGGCAUACUGCAAUCUCUAAUUGAAUAUGGAAUGACGGUAAUUCAGUGAUAAUGUUUGUUAAUUUUUAAUGAUCAUAAUUUUCAUUUGUUUCAAACAGAUGUGAAUGAAUGCAGCAGACAAGGGAGUGUACGUUGUGAACAAAAUUGUAUCAACACACAAGGUUCAUAUUAUUGCCAAUGUAAUAGAGGAUACACCUUACACAGUAAUGGAUUGUCCUGUUCAGGUGAGUGCUAACGUUCUGAGUUCCUUACUGUUUGUUAAAAAAUACACGUUUACUGUUGCAAAUAAUAAAUAUACGUCAUUUCAAUAUUACAUGCCUACAUUUAUCACAUUAAAAAUAUUGAGCAUACAGAAAUAAACUUACGUUAUACCAGGUGUCUCCAUAAAAAGCUGCACGCUGUUUGAUUUGUAAAAAAGAGUAACAGCUAUUGCACUCUCUCCUUGUUAGUAACAUGGCCCUAAAUCUUUCUUGUUUGUAGAUAUCAACGAGUGUGCAAAACCUGAGCAGUAUGGUCGCUGUACGUGGCGUUGUACAAACACUCGAGGAGGUUUCAGAUGUUCAUGUCCAAAUGGAUUUCAACUUCGUUACGGCAGAUACUGCAUUG